AUUUUCCGGAAAAGCACCAUUCACACAUGCAUUUCAAAAUACCGUUAAAUUCUGUGACAUCAUUAACCACUUGCCCUCGAAGUUAAACAGCUGGGAUUGUAUUUACAAACAUGGAGGGGAUUAUGCGAUCUGUAUUUUUGUUGAUGAUUUCAUUUAUCUUUCAAAAUUUUGUAUUCAUGCACCUUCUUGUGUCCCAGAGGCAUCGUUACAGACGACUACAAACACAAUUGUUAAACUAUAGACGAAAAAAUGUUAACGCUAGCAUCCAAAGGCAGAGGCGCUACCUGCAGCUUAAAAAGACCGUAAUGUUUACAUAUUUGGCUACAAAGAGUUCUGUGCGACGAACAUGGGCAUUUCCGCGGAUCCACGGGAAAGUAUUUUGGGGGAAUAUUUUGAAUAACUUUGAUGACGGUAUGUGGAUGCAGCAUUUUCGCAUGUCAAGAAACACAUUCGAGUUCGUGCUGCAGCUACUAAGUCCAUCUCUAAAACGGAAAACUACCGGCUGGCGAAAACCGCUGGAACCCCGACUGAGACUUGCUGUUGUGUUGUGGUGGUACGCCACCCCGAGUGAAUACAGGACCAUAUCUUGCUUGUUUGGCCUUGGAAUUUCUACUGUCUGCAUGCUUGUUCGUCAGGUAACAAAUGCCCUGAAGACCCUUUGCGAGCGCUUUAUAUGCCUGCCCAAAGGAGAGCGUCUCCAAAAAACCAUUGAUGGCUUUUUUGCCCGAGGCUACAAGAUGUGCGCAGGUGCCAUCGAUGGGUGCCACAUACCCAUCCUUAAACCUCACGUGGACCAGGCUGCCUACUGCAACCGUAAAGGUUGGCACUCUAUAGUGUUGCAGGCCGUUGUGGAUCACAACUUUUGUUUUACGGAUGUGUAUGUGGGUUGGCCAGGUCGAACUCACGAUGCAAGAGUGCUAGCCAACUCACCUAUAUACCAAAUGGCUGAGGCUCAUGAUGGGUAUUUGUUUCCUCGUGAGAAAUCUACAGUGGUGGAUGGAGUGGAGGUUCCCAUACAUCUUAUUGGAGAUGCGGCAUACCCCCUUAAAAAAUGGCUGAUGAAGGGCUUCCUGAAUCACCAAAUUCUAACACCUGACCAGUCUCACUUCAACUUCUGUCUGAGUUCAGCUCGAAUGGUUGUUGAAAAUUCCUUUGGCCGACUUAAAGGACGGUGGAGGUGUUUACUUAAACGCAACGAUGUUGACAUAAAUAUUAUGUCUGAUAUUGUUGUGGCUUGCUGCAUCUUGCAUAACAUUUGUGAGCUCAGGAAAGAAAGAUACCUGCCUGAAUGGAACACUGACCUCCAGUGUGAUGUUUCUGCUGAUGUUACUGACAGAGAGCACAACAGAAUUACUGAUGAUGCACAAGCAGUUCGCAGAGCAUUAGUAUCACUGCUGAGUUAAAGUUAAUCCAAAAAAUAUUACUCACCCUCCUGCUGUUUUAAACCUACUUUUACUUCCUCCUGCUGAACACAAAGAAGGGUAUUUUGAAGAAUGUCGGUAAUCAAACAGUCGCAAGGAAUCUCUGAAUUCUAUAGAAUGAAAAAAAUAUAUAUAAAAUGGAGGUUGAAGUUGCCUUUGUUCCGAUUACUAACGAUCUUCAAAAUACCUUUCUUUGUGUUUACCAGGAGGAAAAACUGCAAGGCAAGUUUUGAACAACA